AUGGAUAUCGCCCAGAAUACGGCGCCCCCAGGCAAUGUUUCCGAGAAUCGACAUGCGGCUAUCUUUGGCGUGGGCAUUGGGUUCAUCGCGUUUGACUCCAUUGUCAUCGCGCUGCGCAUCUAUUGUAUUUGGGUUACCCGUCUCCUCUACACGCUUUCUAUGGGGCUGGUCAAAAUGUCCUUGCUGUGGUUCUAUCUCCGUCUCGAUCCCCGCAAAUACAUGCGCUGGGCCGUCUUCUUCGUCAUGUUCUUCAAUGUCGCCUUAUCCCUUGCGAGCUUCAUAGGCGCAUUGGCGAGCUGCAGCCCUCCAUCGUCGUUCUGGACUAAUCCAACGUCGAGCGACUGUAUGCCAAUGGGACCACAGCAACGCUUCUAUGAGAUCAAUGGCAUCUUGAAUAUCGUGACGGAUAUCUUGACAUAUCUACUCCCAGUUCCAAUGCUCUAUGGGCUACAAUUGACUUGGCGCAAGAAGGGGGCUAUUCUGGGAAUAUUUGGGCUGGGGAUUUUGUCCAUUGCUGGUGCGUAUGACCUUCGAUUUAUCCAGUGGAUAGUUACUGAUAUUUUGCUAUUAGCGGCAUGCGUUCGCUAUGACUUUGUCACGAAAUUAUCCUCGGCCAAAGAAAGGUAUUACCUCCUCUUGGCUGACUCCCUCAACUGGUGCACGAUUGAGGCUUACGUCGCCUACGCCCCAUCUAUAUUCGGUUCUAGCGCUGCAAAAUACCCGAGUAGCGCGCAGUCGCCCGGAGCAAGCUAUCUGCGGCGACGGAACCCUCCAAAGAGUAAUCGGCGUCGGGGUCUGGGCGAUACGACGCUGGGUAGUCAGGAUGCCAUUGUUACUGUCAGCAAUCCCGACCAGGAUCAGGAUGGGAUCAUAAUGAAGACGGAUAUAGAGAUGGAUGUGGUGACGCGGAAGCCGACGGAGGAUAUGACUUAUAAGAGGGAGUACUAUGAUUUUGCGAGACAGCGAGAUAGGAACUGA